ACAAGCUACGGCGCCCCAACGUGAACAUCGAGCUAAAAAGAUCUAAUCGACUGUUGCAACUAAUUCUUGUGAAAAAAAUUAAUUAAUAUCUUGAAAUUAUAAGUGAUUGUGUUUGUUUGUUGGUGUGUAAAACGAUGUCCAACCACGAAAGCCACGUCUGCGAAUGCGAGAACACAGAGCCCCUUGGCGAAGUAAGCCUUGCAAAACUGGAGGACUUGCGACGUCCCAAUAAUUGGGAGAGCCUAGAAGAGCGAUACGAGUUUCUCCGUAAUCUUCAUCCUCUGAUCGAUGAUUGGCAGGGCCGAUUUCCCAACAUCCGGGACGUUUUUCGGCCCGAAGAAAUCGAACGUCUUCUCUGCGAUUCCCUUACUUUAACUAUGGUGGAUGUUAGUACCCCAGGAAAAUUAAUCAUCAGUUUUAUAGCUUUUACCGGCUACAGAGACGAGCCGACGGAAAUCAACGGAGACGACAAGCCAUCGUCGCGUCGCACAACGCUGUUGCAUCGCAGUUUUAUGGAGGGGAGAAUCGAGUGUGUCUGUGAGCUUUUUGAAAUCUACGACAGAUACGAUGUGAAUUACGCAGACGAGUCGGGUCUCACACAUUUGCAUGUCGCCUGCUGGGCAGGUUACAAAGUCGCCAUCCAGAAAUUCCUCGAGUUCGGUCACAGUCCCAAUAUUGUGCAUCCUAAAUUUCAUUCGCCCCUUUGGAUAGUUUUAUACUACGGCGACAAAGAGGCGGCCGAAUUACUGCUGAGAAAUGGCGCCGAUCCAAAUAUAAUCGACAGUAAAGGAUGGACUCCUUUACACCUCGUAUGCAAGAGAAACAACGACGACGAUGACGAAGGCUUGGCGGAAUGGUUUUUCAAGAUCAACGAUGAAUUGAACCAGCUGCUGCGAAUCGAUGCCCGGGACAAGAAGGGCAGAACUCCACUGCACGUCGCCUUGGACUAUGGCAAGAAAAAAGCCAUCGAAUUGCUACUGAGGCGAGGCUUGGAUCCGAACAUUGUCAACGAGAAGGGAAGGACUCCUUUGCAUCAAAUAUGUAGCAAAUACCACGAUGACGACGACGACGACGACGGUCACGAUGGCGUAGUCUGUAAUCCUUAUGCCUUGGCAGAGUUGUUUUUCAGGAUCAACGACGAAAAAGAACAGUUGGUGCAGAUGAACGUCCAAGACAAUUAUGGCAACACGCCGUUGCACUUGGCAAUGGAAAAACCCGACAGAAACUUGAUUGAGUUACUACUGAGGAGAGGCGCGGAUCCGAAACUGGUCAACGAAGAUGGACGGACUCCUUUGCAUAUUAUCUCUAUCAGCAAUGACGAAGACGACGAUGAUGACGACUACGACUAUGAUAAUAAUGCCUUGGUGGAGUUGUUUUUAACGAUCAACGAUGAAAAACAGCAGAUGGUAAAGAUAAACGCCCAAGACCAAGAGGGUUACACAUCGUUGCACUUGGCUCUGAUCAACGGCUACAAGAAGUUGUCCGAAGUGCUGCUCAAAAGAGGCGCUGGUCCGAAUUUGGCCAAUGCAGAAGGAUCGACUCCCCUCCAUUUCGUUGCUCGGGUAGACGUAGACGGUUUGGCCAAGUUAUUUUUCAAGGUCAACGACAAGUUGAAUCAGGUCGUCGAGAUCGACCCCUUGGACAAGUUGGGUCGGACACCGCUUCAAUGGGCAGUCGCGCAUGCUGCGCCGAACAAUAUCGAUGUAAUCUUAGAUCGUGGUGCCGAUCUGUCCAAGUUCGUUUUUCCUACCGAGAGUCAUUUCGAGGAGUGUUUUGUAAAUUUGCGCGACGGAAAUAUUGUUAAAUUCGAGGCAGCGUCUAGUCUGCUGGCCUGCGUCGAGAGCCUUCAGAUAAGAGGAUACGAGUUGGACGAUAGCGACGUUCUGAAGAUCAUGAAACUCUUCGCCAAGUACAACUUUUUCGAGGAAUCGUCAGCGGAUCUUUUACAAUUGCUAAAAGACGAUAAAGAAUUCACGAGCCAAGCGAAAGAGAUGAAGGUCAGACAACCUGCCGAUGACGAUGACGAUGACGACGAUGAGAAGGAAAAGAAGGAAAAGAUUGAGAUCGAAGAAGGUCCCAAUCCGUCGCUUCACGACCUACUACAAUUGGGACCCAAAGAGGCGGAGAAAAUAGUCACUUAUGAUGAAUACUAUAAGUUUGCAAGAUCGAAUCCUUUCAGUGGAAUGUCCGAAAAGUAUCAGGAGGUUUGCGCUUUGCAUCUGUGCGAGAAAGUAGCGAGAGGAUUCUUCUGGCGUCGGGCGGUAUAUCCUCUCUGGGACUUGAUACACCGUCGGCUGCCGAUUGAGUGCUGUGACAUGAUUAUCAAAAGUCUAACGAACAAAGAUUUGUGCAAUAUUUGCUUGGCGACUAACAGUAAAGAAAAGAUGGAUUAAAAAAUGUAAAAAUUGAAUGGUGAAAAUAAUCAAUGUAAAUAGUGUGAAGAAGAUGAUUUGUAGGGCAUUUGUUUGGCGGCCACAUUUUCUAUAUCAUUCAAAUAAAUGA